GUGAUACGGCCCUAUAUAUGUGCGCUGACAGGACUAUCUUCCUUUUAAAGUCAACCUUUUCCUUCCGCUGCUUUUCACUUAGUAAUGUCGCGUAUUUGUGUGGCGCACCUGUAAAGAGAGACGGGCAGAAGCCGACUUUUUUUAAUGAUUUGAUUCGUUUUAUUUCCUCUUUUUGUUUCCUUUUUUAUUUGAUGCAUUUGCUGAAAGGAACCAUUUGUGUAUUUUUGAUUUAAUAAAUAUUUCAUUCCCCCUCCCCUUCAUUUUAUCUUGUUUGUGUUAUUUUUUUCCAAGUUUGAACUGAGAUUGGAAUCCCAUCCUUUUACAAGCAUUUGCCAGGUGAUUGUCUCAGUGGUUGUUUGCCUAAGGACGUCCGUAACUUUCAUUUAUAGAAACGACGGCAACUCCAAACUAACAUGGCAGUCAGACUGUGCGACGUGGCUUCCCUGCUUAGGAGUGGUUCGUGGGCGGCCGAGCCUUGGACCGGGCAGGUAAUUGCUGCCAUGGAAACACAGCUGUCCAACGGGCCGACGUGCAACAACACGAGCAACGGUCCCUCCACCAUCUCAAACAACUGCUCCUCCCCUGUGGAGUCGGGGAGCAUAGAGGACAGUAAAACCAACUUGAUAGUCAACUAUCUGCCUCAGAACAUGACUCAGGAAGAGCUCAAGAGUCUGUUUGGUAGCAUCGGGGAGAUUGAGUCUUGUAAACUUGUUCGAGACAAAAUAACAGGGCAAAGUCUCGGCUAUGGAUUUGUGAAUUACGUGGAUCCGAAAGAUGCAGAAAAAGCCAUCAAUACCUUAAACGGCCUGAGACUUCAGACUAAAACCAUCAAGGUUUCCUAUGCGCGUCCAAGCUCAGCCUCGAUCAGAGAUGCAAAUUUAUACGUCAGUGGUUUGCCGAAGACCAUGACUCAGAAGGAGCUGGAGCAGCUGUUCUCCCAGUACGGCCGCAUCAUUACCUCACGCAUCCUGGUGGACCAAGUGACUGGAGUCUCCCGCGGGGUGGGCUUCAUUCGCUUUGACCGGCGCAUCGAGGCGGAGGAGGCCAUCAAGGGCCUCAACUGUCAGAAGCCGCCAGGCGCCACGGAGCCCAUCACCGUCAAGUUCGCCAACAACCCCAGCCAGAAGACCAGCCAGGCGCUGCUCUCCCAGCUCUACCAGUCGCCCAACCGGAGGUACCCGGGGCCCCUGGCGCAGCAGGCCCAGCGCUUCAGGUUGGACAAUCUGCUAAACAUGGCCUACGGCGUCAAAAGCAGGUUCUCGCCCAUGGCCAUCGACGGGGUGACCAGCCUGGCUGGCAUCAACAUCCCGGGGCACGCCGGCACUGGCUGGUGCAUCUUCGUCUACAACCUGGCGCCCGACGCCGACGAGAGCAUCCUGUGGCAGAUGUUCGGGCCGUUCGGGGCGGUGACCAACGUCAAGGUCAUCCGCGACUUUAACACGAGCAAGUGCAAAGGAUUUGGUUUCGUCACCAUGACUAACUACGACGAGGCGGCGGUGGCCAUCGCCAGCUUGAACGGCUACCGCCUGGGGGACCGAGUGCUGCAGGUCUCGUUCAAGACCAACAAAACGCACAAAGCCUAAUCCCCCCCCCCCGUCCCCGUCCCCCCCUCCGGUCGGAUUGUUUCUAGAAAACCGCGGGAAAAAAGGAGAAACAGGAAAAUGGAAAACGUUCUCGCCGUAAACUUUCUACAUUAGUAAAAAAAAAAAAAAAGAAAGAAUCUUUGUAAAUCAGUGUUACGAAGGGUAAGCGAAUUUGGCGUCCGGUGUGGUUUGAUUUGUUUUUCGAUAUUUCGUUUUUUCUUCAUUGCUGCGCUUUGGAACUUGGUAUACUUUAUGUUUAAACAGGAAAAAAUACUGCAGGUAUUUCUGCCUGUGAUGUUGCAUUCUCUUGCUGUCUACAGAUGGACCUUCUAAAAUGUUAGUUAUUACAUUUUUGUCAUUUUGUUGAGCCUAUGCUUUGAAUCCGUAAGUCUUGUAAGGCUUUGUGUAGUGAUUUUCUUUGUAUUGUGUCCUAAUUUGCCUUAGGUGCGUUUACGCCUUCUGUGGUUAGCAAGUGUUUCGUUUGAACAUUUUGCAAUAUCGUUUUUUGUAAGUAUUUAGUUUCUUGUAAUAUCAGUUGGUUAUUGGUUGGCUGCAUAAUGUUAUUGUAAAAUUAAUAUGAAAAGACAAAAAAUUCUUAAAGCAGUACCUUGCCAAAGAGCUGAGAACCUCUUUGAUGUGGGUUUAAAAAGCAUCUAUUUUUAUAAAAAGAAAAAUUUGGAGAAACUUUUUACUGGACCUGGAGCAAAAUAUUUUGACUUCGAUACUUUAGAAAUAUCUUCAUAUGACACCUUGUGGGCUUUUGAACUUUACCAGAACGUUUGCCAUGGUCGACAUUUCUGGGGAGACUCAUGCCGUUAAAGAUACCUUUUGAGAUCUUUGUAUUACCUUCAGAUUCUAGACUCCAUGGCAACGCUGGGUUCAUUUGUAAAACCAUCCGUGAGUUGUCCCGUCAUUCCGGUUGUCGCGCGACUAGCGACUCUCUUCCGAUUCAAUUUGGAAAACACACUUAAAGAAUAAUAAUACAAAGGUUUAUUCGCAAGAAAGUGCAUGCAAAAUUCUUCUUCAAAAAAGUGUUACUAUCUUUAAGGAGUGUGAGAAUCAGUGGAAGGCUGCCAAUCGGUGCGCUUUAAACAUUAGGCUGAUUUGUGUCUUGAUGGCGACUUGAAGAGUUUUUACCGGCUUUGUAUGGAAGACUAAGGAGGACGAUGAAUGGGCCGCUUGAGGCUUGAGAACUAGUUUGAUUAACGCAUUGAAUGGAUUAUCUUCUUGGCUAAGAGCUAUGUAAAUAAGUUUAUGUUGAGUAUUUGACCCAUCUUUCUUUUUAGGUUUUGCUUUUUGGACUUCAUUGCAAAGUGCUUCUUGUUUUUCCCUCUUAAACGAGUCUGUGAAGUAUAGUUUUCGUUUGGGUUAUUGCCUUUUUGUUUUUACGUUGAAUGUUACCUUUGAAAGACUUGAUCUGUUGUCCAAUGGACUCGCAUUGCAGUGCAUCAUAUGUUGGUUGUUUUUGUUUGUAGAUAGUCUUGCUUCGUAUAAAGGUAUUAAUCUAUAGACAGAUUUGUUUUCUUUUUGUUUUCUUUUUUUAUAUAUAUAAACACUAUAGAUAUAUAUUUAUGUGGUGAAGAAUGGAUAUAAACCACAGUUUUGAAAUAUUUGAUUACCUUUUUCAUAUCUACGUAAUGCAUAUAACCUGUCUUCAAAAAAAAAAAAAAAAUCGUAAGUGUAUAUUGCUUUAUUCACUUCGGGGAAGUACGAAGAAGUGGUUUCAACGGCCGUGAGCGCAAAACGUACGGAGGGACUUCCGAACGACAGGGGGGGGCUAGCUACGAGCCUCGGAUGCCCUGAGUACUGCACCGGAGUCCUGCUUGGUAUUUAAACACAACUAUUAGUCAUGCUUCCCCUAAAGAUGAGCAGUGUGCUAUGCAUUAUAUAUUUAUCUUUGCCAAUGCUUUCUUUUUCUUUCUCUUACUACUUCUUUGGGUAUCCUUGUGAAGGUUUACCCUGGACUCUGAGCUGUGAAUGAUCGCUGCUGUAGGGAAGGGGUUGAGCUUUUUUUCACGCCUGACCUCAGCAUUUAAAAGAGAAUAUUAAUAUAAUUGAUAUAAUAAUUUGGUUUAUUUUGGGUAAUGGACCGAUUGGAGGCUGACGGUCCGGCCUGAAAAUAAUCUUCCUUCGGUACCCCCUCCUCAUAUUUCAAUUCUUUAUUGUGAGAAUGACCUAUUUAUUUGAAGUUGUACAGUCUGACUUGGUUCACAGCGAUUUUUGAAAUAGAAUCUAUCUUUAGUUGAGUAUUUAAAAGAUGUACAUGUUAUUUACUUUGUGUUUGAGAUACUUUGGAUUUUUCCAUGUUAAGUACAUGAAUAAAUAAGUUGAAGGGCAAUGCA